UAGAGUUAUUUUACAACCACCCAAACAAGUGUACACAGAACAAUCAGAACCCUCAGGUCUAAUCCAUUUAGUCAAAUCUAACAGUAUAUAAUGACCCGAUGGUCUGCCAGCCGAUUGAACGGCUGUGAUUCAAUGUUCUGCCGCGGCAGACCAUGGUCGCGCUACUCCCCUAGAUGACCGAUGUGAUCCGUAAUUUUAGGAUCGUCCUCAACCUGCCUCCCCUCGAAUGCGCACAGAUUUGCUCCAUCCCCAACCUCCCCGGCACCCUACCGCCUCCUCCCCUCAUCGCCGCCCCUCGCCAGCCGUCCGUCCUGCACUCAGACUCUCGCUACCGACCCUGUCUGGUCUACCCGCAGACCCGUCACUCCCUCCUCGCCGUCCUUCAGUUCUGCCCCUGCCGCCCCUCUCUCUUGCAGCGGAGCAGAAGCGGAAGCGCCGGGAGAAGAUCAACCGACGAUUCAUUGAGCUAUCCACCAUCAUCCCCGGCCUCAAGAAGUACGUCAAGCAGUAGCAGGAAAAUCUCAAGGCACUCGAGGACGCAACCUCUAGAGCAUCCAGUCCAUGGUGCUCAUCAGGAAAUUGUGCACAGCCGCGCCGGAAGACGUCGGCGGCUGCUGCCCGUCAUCGUCUGCAGCGGCCGUAGCUGGAAGCACGAUGCCAACGACCGGGAAAGUGCUGCUGGAGGUCGAGCUCCCCUCUUAUUGUUUCCCACAUCCCCUUUCUUUCAAAAUUCUGAACCCAAAGAUACACAUCCACCAACGUUGCGCUCGGUCAUGAAUAUUACAUCCUUGCACACCUGCAUCAACAAGAUGUCUAUAAUAUCUACCUGCAUGCUUAGGCUAGCGCUUGUGUACGCCCAUGUUGCCAUAUGCUUCCAAUCGGUUCAGAAGAAAUCUAUCUUAUAUGUGCAUACCUGUCAGAAAGCAUAAAGCACUCUGGUGAAUCACUUUGGGAUUUCAUGGUUGUGCCAAAAAUUGGUACCAGAUCACAGGUCGUUCGUCCGUGAUUUUCCAAAAGCAAGUACAAGAUCAUGGUGUUACUGAAGUGGGAAGAUAAUUGAUCUAUAACCCAGUUGUGCGUCAACCCUGCGUCAAUGGUGUUUCCAACGAUCAACUAUCCCCAUCUUUUUACCUCAAAAAAAAACUAUCCCCCUCUUUUGUAGUAUUGACAAAAACCGUGCCAAUGUUGCUAUAGUUUCAUCACCAAAAAAGAGAAUGCAGUUUUGUUAAAUUAAUUUGUGUAAUAAUAUGUUCAUUACUGAUCCUGAACAAGGAGUAGACGGAUUAUAGUUUCUAAAGC